AUGGGUGUCAGUGAAUACAAAAUCUUUCUGGUGUUUUCUUCUGUUCUUUGCCUGUUCGGCGGAGUCGCUUUGCAACACCACGCCGCGACAGUGGGAGUCAGCGGCACAUCGCAGGCAGAGGAAGCAGCGCACAAGAAGCAGAACCAUUUUGAGAAAUUCGGCAUCUGGGACGGCAGUGUACCCAGACACAGCAAUCGACCAGGCUGUGAGAGCGCUGGAGUUGCAUCAUUCCAAGUCUGGUCUCCCAGAGCUGGUACGGAGAGGGCGGAACAUAUUGAUCAGCAUGUCGAGCUGGCGUUGUUCCAAGUGCAAACAGCAAGUCAAAGCCAACAGCAAUUUCUGCGGUCAAUGCGGAAGGCAUUGGACGGCAGAAGAGUCUGGCAAUGCUUACUUUUCGCAGCCUACUGGGCAGGCUCCGUGGAGAUCAAGCACCAAGAGUUGGGAGCAGCAGGAGUGGUGGGGUCGUUCCGAAUCGCCACGCCCGACCAAGGCCGAGCCGGUCGGGAUGGUCAGUUGGCUCCUGUGGCGCCGAAGUCAGCCGAUUUGCCGGCUCCACCGGCGGCGGCAACAGUCAGUGCUCCAAGGGUGUUGCUGAGUGGUGGGGCGGGUUCAGGUUCAGGCUCUUCAGGCAACUCGGAGAAACAAGCUUUGGACACACUGUUGAAGGCGAUGAGUGCAUCCAGGGAGUCUUUACCCCCAGAGCUCUUACAGCUGCUGGAGCAACACAAGCAGGAAGACACUGCCACGGAGGCCAAAAGCCUUCAUCGUGCAGUGUCGGCUCAGGCUGCAGCAAAGAAAGAGCUUGCUGCUCUGAGGACCAAGCGUGCCCAGUAUGCUGCGUCUUGGGCGGCCUAUGUGCAACAAGUCGCCACGACGGUGCAAGAACAGGUGAAACAGCAUUCCGAGGCACUUACCGAUGCCACCACGGAGUUAUCUCGACUUGCCAAGGAGAACCCCGACGUCGUGGAUGUGUCAGGCGACGACAGCGAUGUUAUGGUGAACGAUUCUAUCGCGAGUGUGCAGGCAGUGGCUUCUGCUUGCGCAAAACAGCAGGUGCAGACGGAUGCGCUGUUGGCCGCACUGGAGGCUGCAAAGGAGCAGGCGGAGGUUGAUUACGUCAGCCCGAUGCUUGCAGUGUGGCUCGCUCUGCAGUGGCAGUUCAGCGUUUUAUUUGAGGAUCAAGGUUUGUCCCUUUGCUGGGACUUGGAUCCCAGGAUUGAGAUGCUGGACGCGGAAACAAUCUUCAGCAAUCGGUCUGUCACGCCUCAUUCCCGUCAGUCUUUCUCUUCACAGCUCUUGGAAGCAGUUCGCAAGGACAGUGACCAGGCAUACGGCACAGGGCACCCGUGCGCGAAGGCAGACAUUGGCAGUUUCAGCUGUUGUUUGGGCCUUCUCGAGCCUGGUGCUGAAAGGAGGCUCGGUACGACACCCCCCAAUAAGCGAUGCUCAAAGGUCCUUCGUGCGGCUGUUGCCUCGGAUGAAUUUUCCUCUGCAGCUGACUUCCAGCUUGAGCCUUCAGACAUGAAGCGCCCAAGUCUGCGUGUUCGCUUAACUGCGCAGGUAGACGUAGUUGAUGGCUCUUGUAGCGCCACAAGUGCGGUGGCUUCUUUCAGGGCUGACGCCGCAGAUGGAGGAAGUUGUGGUUGGGUUUCGGGUCAUUUCGUCCAGGAUAAGGCUCACCUUGAAGGCUUUUCCAAGGAGCUCCUUCUUCAUGAAUGCCUGCCCGCUCCACCCCGUGAUUCAGUUGAAGAGCUUCAGCACUUGCUUGUACUUGCACAGGCGCCGUGGUUGGAUUUUUGGAGGCGUGAUGUUGCACCGCUUGAGCUUGACGCAACAAUGUGCUCUUACCUUGCGAAUGGCCCUCAGCUCGUUGGGACACCGGUGUCUUUCUGUGUUUUUGUGGAUGGCUCAGCUGACAAAGGAGCAGGGUGGGGCUUAUCGCUCUUUGCAUGGAAUGGCUUUCACUGGGCUUUCGUUGGUUGGGCGGCGGAUGGUUUGCCAGGCCCAGGUGGCACCAACAAUGAAGCGGAGUGCCAGGGUUUGGUCACUGCCUUGGCUUGGUGUGCGAGUCUUCCACCAUAUGUUGGUGUUGAAGUCGUUGUUGACUCCACCUUCUCCAAAGGAUGUGCGGAAGGAAGUCUUGGUCUGUCGGACAGAAGGGCUCCAGCAGUUGCUGUCAGACUCCUUAUGCAGUUGCUUGAGCAGUGGCAGCGACCAGUUUGCUUGAGUUGGACACCGUCGCAUGUUGGUACUUUUGGCAACGAGUUGGCGGAUAGGGCAGCGGCUUUUGGCGCCCGCGCUGGCCCCGGUGCAGCAAGGAUGCCUGCCUUCCUGUCGAAGUUGCUUCUCCAUCCGUUGAUGGCUUGGGCUUGGGCGGCUUCGGGGACCGUUCCUGGCCUUGUAAGUUUAGGGCAACUGCAAAAGGGAGAGUAUGAGCCUGCCGACAGGGUUCCUGUUGAGUGUGCCCAAGCCAUCCUGGAUGAUUCCAAUAAGCAGGUUGGCUCAAGGGCCAAGUUAGUCACUUUGAGGCUGUGCACUGCAAAUGUGUGCACGCUGAAAAACAAGUGCCCCGUCCUGCGAAAGCAGUUUGAGGAAGAGCAUGUUGCACUUGUUGCUCUGCAGGAAACCCGCUUGUCGUCGGAUGCUUGCUACUUUGCUGACGGGUGGAUUGUCGUGCAGUCCGCGGCUAGGCAUGGUCGUGAUGGUUGUGCCUUUUGGUUGAACGUUGACUGUUGGUGCAGGGAGCUCGGUGUUGGCGUCUUUGGGCUUGAGCAUGCGGUGGUGCUGAGUGCAAGACAUGACUGGUUGGUUGUCCGAGUUAGUUGUGGCACUUUUGACGGCAUCUUUGUUACCUUCAGGGCGCCGCACUCUCUUAGGCCGGAGGAAGAAAUACGCUGCUGGUGGAAGGCGGCCAAGCUUGACAUGCAAAGGCUUAAGAGCUUGGCACCAAUCUUUAUCAUGGCUGAUUGCAAUGCGCAAGUAGUUUUCGCUGAAGAAAUGGUCGUUGGGUCCCUUGCUAGCGGUGGUGUUGAAGACCAGGAGGGCGGUCUUUUGGUGGACCUUUGCUUGGAUGCUGGGCUUGCGCUGUCAAACACAUUCCCUUGUCACGACUUCCCCGACAAGAUGCAAGCCACGUGGCAGGACCGCUGCCUUGACUACAUUGCGAUACCAGCCCCGUUGAUUGUUGGUGCCGAGGUCAAACAGGUUCACGUUGACUUGUGUAACCCGCAUGACGAUCAUCAAGCGUUGUGCGUUGUUGUGAGGGUUCCUUGCAGCAGUGGUGGUCAUAGCCAGCUUGCGUUGCGGAAGAAGAGAGUGCGGAAGCGGACCCACAAAUGCCCUGGGUGGAACUGCAAUGUCCACCGGCAUGCGGAGCAUAUUUUUGAGGUUGCUCAAGAGGCUCAACAUGCUCAACAGAAGGAGCGACCCAAUAAACCUUUUGUUUCUGCGGAGACUUGGGAGCUUGUUGUGUUCAAAAAGGGGCAACUUUCCGAAAGGCGCAGGUGCAACACUGAGCUCAGGAAGGCUCGAUUGCGCGGUUGUUUCCGGGAGUGGGCUCGGGCCUCGGGCAAUUCCUUUCACGUUGACCGUGCGCACGUUGACGAAGGUGCCGUCAUUUCGUGGAGCGUGAAGCUGCUGUUGGUCUCUGCUAGGAUCUCUUCUGCCUCGAGACGGCUUCGAGGUUUGUUGGCGCGGGACAAGCGGCAGUACAUCGAGGGCUUAUAG